AUGUCCAUCAAGUUGUGUGGCCCCACGGCCAGCCCUCCCAUCAAGUUGUGUGGCCCCACGGCCAGCCCUCCCAUCAAGUUGUGUGGCCCCACGGCCAGCCCUCUCCAUCAAGUUGUGUGGCCCCACGGCCAGCCCUCUCCAUCAAGUUGUGUGGCCCCACGGCCAGCCCUCUCCAUCAAGUUGUGUGGCCCCACGGCCAGCCCUCCCAUCAAGUUGUGUGGCCCCACGGCCAGCCCUCCCAUCAAGUUGUGUGGCCCCACGGCCAGCCCUCUCCAUCAAGUUGUGUGGCCCCACGGCCAGCCCUCUCCAUCAAGUUGUGUGGCCCCACGGCCAGCCCUCUCCAUCAAGUUGUGUGGCCCCACGGCCAGCCCUCCCAUCAAGUUGUGUGGCCCCACGGCCAGCCCUCUCCAUCAAGUUGUGUGGCCCCACGGCCAGCCCUCUCCAUCAAGUUGUGUGGCCCCACGGCCAGCCCUCCCAUCAAGUUGUGUGGCCCCACGGCCAGCCCUCUCCAUCAAGUUGUGUGGCCUCACGGCCAGCCCUCUCCAUCAAGUUGUGUGGCCCCACGGCCAGCCCUCCCAUCAAGUUGUGUGGCCCCACGGCCAGCCCUCCCAUCAAGUUGUGUGGCCCCACGGCCAGCCCUCUCCAUCAAGUUGUGUGGCCUCACGGCCAGCCCUCUCCAUCAAGUUGUGUGGCCCCACGGCCAGCCCUCCCAUCAAGUUGUGUGGCCCCACGGCCAGCCCUCCCAUCAAGUUGUGUGGCCCCACGGCCAGCCCUCUCCAUCAAGUUGUGUGGCCUCACGGCCAGCCCUCUCCAUCAAGUUGUGUGGCCCCACGGCCAGCCCUCUCCAUCAAGUUGUGUGGCCCCACGGCCAGCCCUCCCAUCAAGUUGUGUGGCCCCACGGCCAGCCCUCCCAUCAAGUUGUGUGGCCCCACGGCCAGCCCUCCCAUCAAGUUGUGUGGCCCCACGGCCAGCCCUCCCAUCGUAAAUAGAGACGAUAGUAUGAGAUAA